AUGGCUUCCACUAUCGAUUUUCGCCACCUCGAUGAAGGCUUCGGCGGCAAAACCUACAAGCGCAAACGCGAACAAGCUCAAGCAGUAGAGGACGCAAAGAUGGAAGAAAUCCACGCCAUGGAGAUGGAGACCGACGAAACCGCCCCUCCUCCGGCAAAGAGAUCUGCGCUUCCAUCGGAAUCAGAUCCCAACAAACCGUCAUUUUCGUCGUUUUCGUUUGGUAAACCUACGUACGACGGAGUGAUUGCCGGGAGAGUCUCUGGAAGAAACUGGAAGCAGGUGCGGCAGAGGCGGUCGUCGGCGAUGCAGGUUAGCAAGAAGGGAACGACGUUUGAGGAGAGGGCGAGAGCGAAGAGUAUUAAAAUGGCGUUUAGGGAGAGGAUGACGGAGUUGAAAGAAGAGAUAAGGUUGAAUAAGGUUGAGAAAAGGAAGAAGAAGGAAGAGAGGGAGAAGAAGAAGAAAGAGAAUAUUCUUAGAACUGGGACUAAGCUUCAGAAGAUUACGAACCCUAAAACUUUGAAGAGGAUUGCGAAGUCGAAGCAGAGGAAACAGCUUAGGAUGGUUCCUGAUGAUUCAUUCAAGUAA